AUGUGGGAGGAAGCAACAUGUUUACGUUUCCGUGAAAAUUUACAAGCUACAGAUGCAAUUAGAUAUGUACUUGAAAGGGGAGAUAGUUGUUUUACUGAAUAUAUUGGAAGGAAUGGUGGAUUUCAAGAUAUUAUUAUUGGCUCAGAAUGUGCAGAAGAGUAUGUAGUUGCACAUGAAACAGGUCAUGCCCUUGGAUUUUGGCAUACACAUCAAAGACCAGAUAGGGAGCGUUAUAUAAGUAUAAAUUGGAGAAAUGUUUUGGAGGAGGCAACUGCAUCUUUUAUGCCUUUCCGUUCAAUGCUUCAAGCUUUUGCUAUUAAACAGGUCUCAGGCCGGCGUUCCCCUUAUGAUUAUGGCUCAUUAAUGCACUAUCAUGCAGUUAAUUACUUUUUCAAUUAA